GCUCGGCCGCGCCAUGGGGGCCCGCCCCGCCCUGCCGCUGCUGCUGCUGCUGCUCGCCUGCCGCGGGGCGCCCGGGGGGGCCAACCUCUCCCAGGACGGCUACUGGCAGGAGCAGGAUUUGGAGCUGGGAACUCUGGCCCCACUCGGCGAGGCCAUCAGCUCCACAGUCUGGAGCAGCCCUGACAUGCUGGCCAGUCAAGAUAGCCAGCCCUGGACGUCUGAUGAGACGGUGGUGGCCGGUGGCACCGUGGUGCUCAAGUGCCAAGUGAAAGAUCACGAGGACUCGUCUCUGCAGUGGUCUAACCCUGCCCAGCAGACUCUCUACUUUGGAGAGAAGAGAGCCCUCCGCGACAAUCGGAUCCAGCUGGUCAGAUCUACCCCCCACGAGCUCAGCAUCAGCAUCAGCAACGUGGCCCUGGCGGACGAGGGCGAGUACACCUGUUCCAUCUUCACCAUGCCCGUGAGGACCGCCAAGUCCCUCGUCACUGUGCUUGGCAUCCCGCAGAAGCCCAUCAUCACUGGCUACAAGUCAUCAUUACGGGAAAAGGAGACAACCACCCUGAGCUGUCAGUCUUCUGGGAGCAAACCUGCAGCCCAGCUCACCUGGCGGAAGGGCGACCAGGAGCUCCACGGAGAACCGACCCGCGUUCAGGAAGAUCCCAACGGUAAGACCUUCACCGUGAGCAGCUCAGUGACGUUCCAGGUCUCCCGGGAGGACGACGGGGCGGACAUCGUAUGCUCUGUGAACCACGAAUCUCUAAAGGGGGCCGACAGAUCCACCUCUCAACGCAUCGAAGUUCUAUACACACCGACGGCGAAGAUCAGGCCAGACCCCCCACAUCCCCGCGAGGGCCAGAAGCUGUUGCUACACUGUGAGGGUCGUGGCAAUCCCGUCCCCCAGCAGUACCUGUGGGAGAAGGAGGGCAGCGUGCCCCCACUAAAGAUGACCCAGGAGAGCGCCCUGAUCUUCCCCUUCCUCAACAAGAGCGACAGCGGGACCUACGGCUGCACGGCCACCAGCAACAUGGGCAGCUACAAGGCUUACUACACGCUCAACGUGAACGACCCCAGCCCGGUGCCCUCGUCCUCCAGCACCUACCACGCCAUCAUCGGCGGGAUCGUGGCGUUCAUCGUCUUCCUGCUGCUCAUCCUGCUCAUCUUCCUCGGCCACUACUUGAUCCGGCACAAAGGAACCUACCUGACACACGAGGCCAAAGGCUCCGACGACGCCCCAGACGCAGACACGGCCAUCAUCAAUGCAGAAGGCGGGCAGUCGGGCGGGGACGACAAGAAGGAAUAUUUCAUCUAGAGGCGCCCAGCCACCUGCUAGUCCCCCAGGGGCCCGCGGGCACUGCUGGGGCCAUCACCAACCUGGACUUGUACAGAGCGACCCCUGGGCCGCCCCUCCCGCUUGCUCCCCAGCCCCCCCGACCCCCCUGUACAGAAUGUCUGCUUUGGGUGCGGUUUUGUACUCGGUUUGGAAUGGGGAGGGAGGAGGGCGGGAGGGAGGGAGGGUUGCCCUCAGCCCUUUCCGUGGCUUCUCUGCGUUUGGGUUAUUAUUAUUUUUAUAACAAUCCCAAAUCAAAUCCGUCUCCAGGCUGGAGGGGCAGGGGCCCUGGGAGAGGAAAGCAAAAACCCCUGGAGCGUUAGGAGGAGAGCCAGGGCAGAGGGGUGAGGUCGGGAGCCGGGCCGGCGUGGGCCCCCCAGCCUCGACCACAGAGCGGCUUCCUGGCCUUCUGGGGGAAUGUGGGGGAACGGGGCGGUCGUGAGCAGAGGCUGGAGGGGGCGUCCCCUCUGCUAGCCCCCCACCUGGAGCUAUGCGCCGCCCUGUCCCCCCUCUUCUGCCACCUGCGGGGCCCGGAGGCCGCGCCACCUGCAGCUGGAGGGCAGCCAUGCAGGGGCCCAGGGCUUCCACCCCGGGAGGACGCAGGCCCCUGAGCGGGGUCGCCCUGCUGGGGAAGGCUGGGGGGCUUGGAACGUGGCCGUGACCCCCGCGCCCCACAGCGGAGGAAGCCAGGCCCUGGGCGGGGAGCAGAGCCAGGCAGCCCCUCUGAGCUCCAGCUCCAGCGGCCCUGGCUCCCACCAGCCCCACCAUCGCACGGCAUCCCCUCGUCCCGUCUCGUGCUGCCCGUGCCCCGACCCCGUCCCGACCCCGUCCCGACCCCUCAGCAGCCAGGCAGACAUAACAACAAAAAUACUAAACGGAGCUUCACUGCGCUGAGCUGUUUCCUGCCCAAACGAGGGGAGUAAUGUGAACCGUGUGAGUGCGUGGGUACCGUGUCCGUGCUGGUGUCUGUGUGUAUGUGCACGUGUGUGUGCGACCAGAGGGAGGGCCUGGGCCUGCGGGGGGCGGGGGGAUGUAAGGGCACAGGAGGGCUUGGGGCGUGGGGUCCCGGCCCGGCUGCCUACCUCCCCUGCGCCGUGGCUCCCACCCGCCCGUCGUGCAAGAGACAGUCCCCAGACGUGUUUUGCUCAGCUGACCACCUUGUCUCUCCCGAAAACACAGAGCAUCCGCCCCUGCCUCGAUUUCUCUGCUCAGAGCCACAGAGUCAGUGCUGCAAUGUUUGCUAUGCACCCCUCAGGCCUGUCCCUGGCGCUGACCCUGGGAGGGCCGCGUCCCUGCCUUCCCCAUAGUGCGCGCCCUGGGCGGCAGAGCUGGGUGCUCCCUGGAUGGCAGGGUUAGGCACCCUGGGCGGCAGGGCUGGGCGCUCCGUGAACAGCAGGGCUUGGGUGCACCGUGGGCGGCAGGGCUGGGUGCUCCCUGGAUGGCAGGGCUUGGGCGCACCCUGGACAGCAGGGCUUGGGUGCACCGUGGGCAGCAGGGCUGCACACCCUGGAUGGCAGGGCUGGGUGCCCCCUGGACGGCCGGCGGGGCUUGGGUGCACCCUGGGCGGCAGGGCGGGGCGCGGGGCGGGGAGCCACACCUCAGUCUGUCCCACCUCUGUCCCUGCCUAUGAUUUUGUCUUCCUUCGUUGCCGUGGAGACGAGGUUGUCCCCCCUCCCAGGGCCGCUCACCCCCCAGCACGUCCUCCCCGCCCGCCCACCGCCCCUCAGUUCAGGUAACACCCUCACGGGUCUCCAGGCUGCUGCGGAGGGCCCUUGGGCGCCCCAGGCCCCCCCACCUCAGCCCGGCCCCCCCACAGCAGUAAGGCAGCAAGGGCCCCCGGCCUGGCGGCUCCCCGUCUCCCAGCACCCGCUUUUGGGAAAACGACCUUUCCUCUCUGAGCUGAACCACUCUGUCCAUAUUACACAGAAGCCAUAUUUGUACGGGGGCGGGGGCGGGGCGUUGUGCUGUGUGCGUCUGUCUGUGGGGGGAGCAGGGAGGGGGUCGUGUAUCUUUAUAAUCUUUCUAACUCUCCUGUGCUAAUCUCAGAGGGGCCACCCUCAAUAUAUCUGGAUUAUCCGUGUCGUC